UGCAGCCGAGGAGAGACCAGGCUGUCAACAAGUUGUCAUCAUGAGCUGCUAAAACAGCUUAGCCGCCGACGGUUUCACGUUUAAACUUUGACCCCCCCCUCCCCCCCGUUCAGAUGAUUACCGGCAGACAGACCAAGGACGCUCGACGCAGCGAGUGAUUGAGAAGCUGAUGUCUGUCCUCGGCGGUCUUGACUCAACUUGAUGAAUUAACCUCACAGUGGUCGAGGAUUUCAAACAAAGCAACCUGGUGUCCCAGUGUGACCAGUAUGGCUGCUGCCAACACCACCAAGAUCUCAUGGAGACUACAGGAGUUCGAGGCUCACUCCCGCAGUGUCUCCUGUUUGGCUCUGGCCAAAAGCUCCGGCCGACUGCUGGCCACAGGAGGAGAGGACUGCACCGUCAACAUCUGGGCUGUCAGCAAGGCCAACUGCAUCAUGAGUUUGACUGGUCACAAGAACCCAGUGGAGUGUGUCCUGUUCAACAUGUCAGAAGAGCAGGUCGUCGCCGGGUCCAGGUCUGGUUCGGUACGAAUCUGGGACCUGGAGGCUGCCAAGAGUUUAAGGACUCUGAUGGGACACAAAGCCAACAUCACCAGUUUGGGCUUCCAUCCGUUUGGAGACUUUCUUGCCUCAAGCUCUAUGGACACAAACAUCAAGCUGUGGGACGUGCGGAGGAAAGGAUACGUGUUCAGAUACAAGGGUCACACUCAGGCAGUGAGGAGUCUGGCCUUCAGUCCAGAUGGGAAGUGGUUGGCCUCAGCCAGUGACGACUGCACCGUCAAGCUGUGGGACCUCACUCAGGGGAAGACAAUCACAGAGUUUAAGUCUCACACUGCAGCCGUCAACAUCGUUCAGUUUCACCCUAACGAGUACCUGUUGGCUUCAGGCAGCUCCGACAGGACUAUCAAGCUGUGGGAUCUGGAGAAGUUCAGGAUGAUUGGCUCGUUGGAGGGGGACACGACCCCCGUCAGGUCUAUAUGUUUCAGCCCGGACGGCAGCUGUCUGUACAGCGGUGCCACAGACUCUCUGCGGGUUUUCGGCUGGGAGCCUGACCGCUGCUUCGACGUGGUGCCAGUGGGCUGGGGAAAAGUAGCUGACCUGGCAGUCUGCAACCAGCAGCUGAUCGGUGUGUCUCAUGAGCUCUCCAGUGUGUCCUCCUACGUUGUGGAUCUGAAGCGGGUGAAGAAGAGCGGCGGCUCUGUGAUCCAGGGAAUCAUUAAGGACAACCAGCCGCUCGCAGAGCCGAAAGAUCCCAAAGGAGCUGCACUGCGCAAGAACUACGAGAGACCCACGACCACCUGCAGCUCACAGAGGUUAAAGCAGAGUUCAGAUGCUGAUAGGCGGAGCCCUGAAGGUGAGAGGCGGAGCCCCAGUGAGGACGAGGCGGAAGAGAAAUUGUCAUCAGCCGAAAUCCACAAUGCAGAAGAUUACAAAGAGAUCUUCCAGCCAAAGACCGCCAUCUCACGUACUCCUCCCAAAAUGUCCGAGCCCUUCCCCGCUCCUCCAGAAGACGAGACGAUAUUAGCGAUCGGCCGUCAGCUGAAGGACAUGAUCUCUCCUUUACCUGACAAGCAGCAGGCUGCUCCACUGGCCUCCUCCACACCGGUCCAGAGGGUGGAGCCUACAGUGGUCUCCUGUGCUAAGCGCCCUGUCCCCUCAGCCGUUAUCCCAAUACCCUCAAACCCCCCCUCUUUAGGCCCGCCUCCUCCCUCUCAGCCUCCAAUCAUCACAGCGAAGUCUAAACAGCAACCUAAAAUCAUCCUCAGCACCAGGAACGAGCCAAUCGGACUCAACGUGGCUGACUUCCUGCCGUCUCCUCCAAACAACCGAGCCGUCGCUCUGAGCGAUGAGGAGGCGCUGUCUCAGAUCAAGAAGGGUCACGACACUAUGUGUGUGAUGCUGAGCAGCCGACACAAGAACCUGCAGACGGUCCGAGCCGUGUGGGCCCGAGAGGACAUCAAGAGCGCUCUGGAUGCUGCCGUCUCCAUGAAUGACCUGUCGAUUGUGGUGGACAUCCUCAACAUUAUUAACCUCCAACCGUCUCUGUGGAAGCUGGACCUGUGUACAACCAUUCUUCCUCAGAUUGACAAACUGCUGCAGAGUAAAUAUGAGAGCUACAUGCAGACCGGCUGCACGUCUCUGAAGCUGGUCAUGAAACACUUCUGGAUGCUGAUCUCCGACACGCUGAAGGCGACGCCGUCUGUGGGAGUCGACAUCACACGAGAAGAGCGACACCAGAAGUGCCGAGCGUGCUGCAGGCAGCUGAAGAACCUGAGCAACGUGGUGAAGAACAAAGCGGCGCAGGUCGGUCGUCACGGCAGCGCCUUCAAAGAGCUGCAGCUGCUCAUGGCGCCGCUCGACGACGCUCUCUGAGAGUGACUGAACUCAACCCUCCGUUUUCCCAGACUACGGAUCUGACUGAGAUAACAAGGAGUCAGCUGACACUUCAGGAGCUCAUCAACAGCUUCACCUGGUUGAACAUUUCUGCACUUUGAGUCUCAACGUGGUCCUGGGACACCGACCCUCCAGAAGCCUCUGUCACGCCCGGUGUAGGGAGAAGAACUAUGUGGAUGAAAAGUGUUAUUUCAUCCUCUUCAACUCAAAGGAACACA